AUGCAUUCUUCGCACACUUGGGUGCUGCACACAGGCUUUGGCGCCGCUGCCAGUGGCACUAGCGGCUUUGCCAACGUUGCCAAAGGCUUUGGCACGUUCGGUAGUGGCACAUUUGCUGGAUCAGGUAGCAAAGCAGAUGACAAGGAAAAGACUGAAGGUACCACUUUUGAGGAAGCUGGCAACACGGAACAGGGCAGCUUCUUGAAGAAGACAGUGACCAGCACCAAACCAACGAUUGACUUGAUGGACUCGGAUGACAUCAAGACAGGCGAGGAAGAAGAACGCAAACUGGAAACGGUGCACUGCAAGCUGUAUGCGCUCGUCAAGGGCAAGGAUGGCAACAGCGAGUGGAAAGAGCGAGGAGUGGGUACCUGCUCUCUCAAUCAAAUGGGAGACGACAAGCAGAGCCGGCGCUUGGAUACGACAAAGCGACUUCUUAUGAACGCGACCGCUUCCACGGCAGCAGCGCCCACGCGCACGAGCGAUCGCCUGUUCAGCCUGACGCUGGUCAACCAUGCCGAGACCAAAGCCGAGGCGGGUGAGGCGGACAGCAUGGGGCUUCAGCCUUACAUGAUCAAGGUUGGCGCGAAGAGCACACAAAUUCUGGAUCGGUUGAUCAAGUACAUUUCCGAGGUGUGUCAGAAACCUUCAUCAUCAACGACUAAAUCUGCUGGUGAGAGCUCCAAGGAGGAGACCAAGGAGGAGACCAAGGAGGAGACCAAGGAGGAGGCCAAGGAGGAGGCCAAGGAGGAGACCAAGGAAGAGACCAAGGAAGAGACCAAGGAAGAGAAGGAAGAGAACAAGGAAGAGGCCAAGGCAGAGGCCUAA